CAAUUGCCUCGGAAAGUGGCACGGUUGAAUUUUAUUUUUGGACUUCUUUAUGUUAUAGCUUGUAUAUUGGCACUAAAACACUGACCAAACAUUCGCAGCAAGAUCCAUCGAAAGAUUUAGAAAAUAUGCCAAAGCACAAGAAUCUUUCCGACUCGAGUGACAGUGACAGUGGCCCUGAUGACAGGAAUCCGGUAAGCAAGAAAAAGAAGCCAGAAAAGAAACCUGAAAAAAAGCCUGAAAAGAAAGCCAAAUCUUCUGGUGAUGGUGAUGAAAACAUGUUUCAGUUAUCAAAGAUGAGAUAUGCAACUGUCAGUGAAUUUCGAGGCAAAGUGAUGGUUGGCAUUCGUGAAUAUUAUGAAGCUGACGGUGACUUAAGACCUGGCAAAAAAGGAAUCAGUUUAAACUUGGAGCAGUGGAAAUGCUUGAAAAAUCACAUUGAUUCCAUUGAUGAGGCAAUUGAAAGGUUCUAAGUGGACAAGUCAUUGUUAGUCUGGGGUUCAGAACUUGUCCAUGAAAGAAAAAAUUAUGUGAAUCUCUUAACAGUUCUUCAUGUAUUCUAUCAUUUAAUAAACUAUUUUCCUUUUUAAUAAUUUUA